AUGGACACUCCUUUUUCCGCAAACUUUACAAAAAUGCCUCCAAUGGCUUAUCAUAAUCCGCUAAAUCCGAGAUCAUCUUCAAUAACGUUAGAAGCUCCACGUUGUCCUACGUCUCUACAGUGCCCUUCUCCGUCAUUCAUGUGCUCACCGGCUACCGCUUUGACAUCGAAUGUAAGCGGACUCGCUCAACCAUUUUCACGCAUUCCUCCAGUUUCGGACUAUUUAUACGCGGCUGCAGCUGCUGCCUCAUUGUUCACCUCAUCGCGCCAAUUAUCCGCAAACAACCGAAUCCCCCCGAUCGCACCACCACCACCACCACCACCAUUCUUGCCGUCCGCACCGAUUAUGCAACCGCUCACAAACCUUGAGCCCACACUAUCUUCCACUCCCUUGCUUGGUCCAACUUCAUCCGCACCAAACUGGAAUCAGAUACAACACAGUUGGGACCCGGCUAUUUUGUACCUAGCAGCUGCUACCCAACUGGUACUUCGACACUUGUCCUUCUCCAAUAGUUCCACGAACACAACAGCCCUGUCACACGCUAGCACCACCACGACCACCACCACCACCAGUCAGACUCUUUCCGCCCNCCAUAUGCCAAACACCACUACGAUCACUAAUACUACUACAACCACUCAGUUAGCUCGAUUUGACCAACCCGUGGCUUUGAUGUCCUCCAGUUUCAGUACUUCCACACGUCCCGUUCGAGAAUCUUCCGUGUCGAAUGUACUUCGACGAACUGAUGCCACGUCAUGUGGUUGUCGAGAGAAACGAUAUCGCUGUACCUAUCCGGGAUGUUCCAAGGCCUAUUACAAACGAUCUCAUUUGAACGAGCAUUUCCACUUACAUACCGGUAUGAAACCGCAUUUGUGCAUUCAGCCCGGCUGUGGUGCCCGUUUUACUCGAGCGGAUCAAUUGUCCCGUCAUCGACGAGCGCACACAGGUGAACGGAAUUUCUUCUGUACCACAUGUCAAAAACGAUUCAAACGAAGUGAUCAUUUGAAAGUCCAUCUGGCACGUAAUGUGUGCACUCGAUUACAUUCUAUCGAUCCGCAUUGA